UCCGGUGGUAUUUUGGUUGAGGACAAGGACGACGCUCAGCGGUGCUGUCAGUCACAGCGAACGUGACACGACACGAACAUGGCGAGGCUUCUGAGACCUCACAUCAGGACUUUCAUCACCACGCACAUGAGAAACUCGUCCGACCAGCUGGGUGAGCUGGGUGGAGGUGCAGGAAAAGGUGGUGGAGGUGGAGGAGCCAUCAGACAGGCAGGUGGAGCCUUUGGGAAAAAACAAGCUGCCGAGGAGGAGAGGCACUUUAAGCGCUUAGAACAGGAGCAGCUGGCUGCGUUGAGGCAGCACCACCAAGAUGAAAUUGAACACCACAAGAAGGAGAUUGAACGUCUACAGCGCGACAUCGACCGGCACAAGGGAAAGAUCAGGAAGCUGAAGCACGACGACUGAGUUAAAACUCUCUUUCCCUCACAGUUCUGAGAACGACUGAGAUUGUUGCAUGCACUGUGUCUUUGGGCCAUUCGUGAAUGUGUGGUUGAUUGUGCUAUAUACAGUCAACUCAAAAGUUAUUAAAGCUAUGAAACGAUUCCAUUGCACAUUGUGAUCUAAGUUGUACACUGUUUUCAACUUUAUCCCAUUUUGUAGUAGGCAACUGCAAGUGUGCUGUGUGUAGCAGGCAAAAAGUAGGACAAUCUAAACACUUGCAUGCUUCAAAUGUCAGCAUACUUUCUUGUUUAAAUAAAGUGCUUCAGUGUUGUUGCAUGAAAGUA